AUGCCCGACAAAAGCCCUGAGGGGGGACUGAAUCCUGUCGAGAGGAUAACCCUUUCGUCCGAACAUUCUGAUAGGAAGCGAAAACUGCGUAAAGGCACAGCCAGUUGCUGGGAGUGUAAGCACCGGAAGAAACGGUGCACAUACCAGCCAGCGUCCCCUGCUGAGUGUGACUCUUGUCUACGCUUGGGCUUGACGUGCGUCAAUCAGGGGCUUCCUGAUCCUACGGACCACAGAUAUGACAAAGUGCGCCAGCGCAUAGUCCAUGUUGAGGCCUUAGUCGAGCAACUGCUUCGACAGAGGAACCGACAAUCAACACAGUCGUCUUCCACGCCCAACACGGGGACGAAGCUCCCAAAACCAGCUAUCUUGGACCAUUCGAGCUGCCCAACUUUACGAUCGGUCGGUCAUGAACGGUUGUCGCGGGGCCGAUCGCUUACUGCAUAUCUCGAGUCGAUGUUCCCUAAUCCGGCUAUUUGCGCAGUUAUCUUGAGCAGCAGUAAGCUGUUUUCCUCGCCCCUUCAGAUUGAUCAAGGCCCGGGAAACUCUCAGCCAGUAAACUAUCCAGGCAAAGACCCCAUUAUUCCAUCAAAUUCUCACCCGCUUGAGUUUGCUCGGAGAUUGGUUCAAUUAGCGCUCUGCCUGAAACAAUUCGAUGCCCCGUCAGCACAGCAGUUCCAGAAGCAUCUCGGCGAACCUGUCCCCAUUGUGGCCCAGAGAUUUUCCAAUGUGGCCAACCAUUAUGUCCUGUCUCAGGACUAUCUCAUAGCGUCCCUGGAAGGCAUUGAAACAUUGAUCCUCCAAACACGAUGGUAUGCCACUGUUGGCAACUUUCGCAUAGCAUGCGAAAUACAUCGCCGUGCAACAAGAAUCGCCCUUUCAAUCAACAUUUUGAAGCUGAUUGAGACUGACUAUCGCGCGGAAAAAAUUUGGUUCCAUCUGGUUUACAGCGAUCGCUUCUUGUCACUAAUGCUGGGCAUCCCCUCCGCGAGCACUAACGAUGCCUUUGCACACCCGAGCCGAUUAGCCAUCAACAGCCCCGACGAAAAGAUGGAACGCAUUCAUACCUUGCUGGCAGGCCAACUCAUCUCGAGGAAUCUGCGCAUACAGGAAGCUACGUCUGAGCAACAGAAGGGCAGCUUAAUCCUUGCACGAAUACAAGGAGACUAA